AUGGAGCAGCCUAUUGAAUAUGAGUGGAAGCCUUUAUAUUACAAUAGAUUUCAUAAACCUGGACAUAACUGUGAUCAACCUAAGCCUAAAACCAAGCAAUGGAAACCAAAAACAAAGAAUGAAGAGUCUGCUAAAGCUACACCAGAAGUGGUUGAAGAUAUUAUUAUUGAAGCCUUAGCCACAAGUGUGAUUGAACCUGUUGUGAUAAAGGAUAACUCUGCUUCAAAUGAGGAACCGAAUUGGACUGAAGUGAAUAAAAGUGGUAGAGAUAGAGUUGCUUGGAAUGUUAGGGGGCUCAAUAAAUCUGCUAAGCUCAGGGAGAUUAGCUCCCGUCUCAUAGAGCUUAAGGCACACAUCAAUAUUCUGAUUGAAACUAGGGUCAAACAAGGCCAAGCUGAUACUAUUAGAAAUAAGCUGCAUCUUGGAGGGAAAUUCAUUGAUAAUUACAGCUAUCACCCCAAUGGCAGGAUUUGGGUUCAUUGGGAUCCUAAUCACAUUGAUCUUCAAGUUGUUACUUUGAGUAGUCAAAUGAUACACAUGGCAGUCUAUAAUAACCAAAGAGACUUUAUGUUCUGGCUUACUGCGAUUUAUGGAUUGAAUAGGUUAGAUCAAAUAAAGGACAAGAUUGGUGGCAAAAUUGUUAUAGAGGCUGAGUUCAAAGAUCUUGAAGAUAUGAUGAGGAAUAAUGACCUGGCAGAAAUGACCAACAAUGGUGAUUACUACACUUGGUCCAAUAAACACAACAUAGGUACUAUUUACUCUAUAAUUGAUAAGAUCUUGGGUAACACUGAUUGGCAAAAGAGAUUUAGAUUCCUUAACUGUUUGACUGAAUCUGAGAGCUAUCACCAAGUUGUGCAAGCUAAUUGGAGUGAGACAAUUGAGGGAGGGCCUAGCUUUGUUCUUUGGCAUAAACAGAAGAGACUUCAAAAAGAGCUUUACAAGAUGAAUAAACCUCUAAUAUCAGUCAAACAGAAAAUUAUUCAAGCUAGGGAAAACCUUACCAAAGCUCAAAAGAAUCUUAGUAUUGAUAAAUGGAAUUUUGAGAAGAUUGCCACUGUGAAGAGAUACAAUGAAGAUCUAAUCAAGUGGCAUGAGAUUGAUGAAAGCAUUAUGAAACAAAGGUCUAAAAUUAAAUGGCUUAGGGAUGGUGAUGGUAAUAACUCAUACUUCCAUGCAUCAGUCAGAUUGAAGCAAUCCACCAAAGCCCUUACUAUGCGGGAAGCUGAUAAUGGUCAAGUUAUUACUCAUCAAGAUGAUAUUGAGAGAGAAGUCCUUGAUUUUUAUGGAAAACUCAUGGGCUAUAGGGAGCAGUCUCUUGACUGUGUUGAUAUUGGAGCUUUAAGAAGGGGAUCCCAACUGAAUAGAGAUCAGAAAAUUCUCCUGGAAGGGAAAGUUACUGAGGAUGAUAUUUACAGUGCUCUAAAGGGUAUUGAUGACAACUCUGCUCCAGGCUUAGAUGGCUAUACUGCAAAAAAAUUUAAAGUUAGCUGGAACACUAUCAAAGUUGAUGUUAUUGCUGCCAUUCAUGAAUACUUUGAUAAAGGUAAAAUUUACAAAGCUUUCAAUUGUUCUUUGGUUUCUCUUAUUCCCAAAAGUACCACUGCCAAAUAUAUCAGGGAUUUCAGGCCUAUAUUUUUAUGUUCUACUUUUUACAAAAUCCUUUCAAGGAUUUUGACAGCUAGAUUCAGCCAAGUAAUUCGGAGCAUUGUCAGUAUUAAUCAAGCAGCCUUCAUACAUGGCCAACAAAUUCACAGUCACAUUCUCUUGGCAUACGAGCUUCUAAAAGGUUAUAACUGUAAACAGGGACCUCCUAGAUGUAUGUUUCAGAGUCUAACCAAUGUUUCCUACAGAGUCAACAUAAAUGGAGCCCAGUCAAAGCUUCUUAUUGAAAAGAGAGGAAUUAGGCAAGGGGAUCCCAUCUCCCCAUACCUGUUUGCAAUUCUUAUGGAGUACCUGCAGAGAUGUCUUCACCAGAUGGAGUUAGAUCCUAAUUUCAACCAUCAUGCAAAAUGUGAAAGACUGCAGCUCACAAAUUUGAUGUUUGCAGAUGACGUUCUUCUGUUGGCUAGAGGUAUGAAGAUUAAUAAGAGUAAAAGUAAAAUGUAUUUUGGAGCUGUUUCUCAGGAGAUGAAGGACACUUUGCUUAGUCUCUAUGGGUUUCAAGAAGGAUCUCUGCCUUUCAAGUAUCUAGGGGUCCCUAUCACUUGUAAAGACCAAGUCAGUCACAAAAGUUUAGUUGCUUGGAAAACUGUCUGUCAACCUCUGAAACAGGGUAGCCUGGGUGUGAUUAAUCUAAACUUAUGGAACAAAUGCACAAUGCUGAAACUGCUUUGGAAUAUUUGUAAUAAGUCGGAUAAUUUAUGGGUUAAAUGGGUGCAUUCUUACUAUCUGAAGAACCAGAGCAUUUUUGAGAUUAAACCCAUCCCCAAGAAAUGGGACGAUGAAAUAGUUUGGAUCAUGAACAUGGGAAAGGACAAAGGUUGGAGGGCUAAACUCUUCAAAUUGUCCAUUGCUGGAGUUGUUUAUGGCAUUCGGUACCAUAGAAAUAGAGUUGUCUUUGGAAACACAAGUGAUUACAAUCAAAUUGUACAUGAGAUCAUAGAUAAAAUUGUUUAUAGAGAUUGA